AUGACGGAUACGAAUGAGAAUGAAGCAACACAACCAGAACAACUAAAAACUAUGAUUUCAGAAGAAGUUGGAAAGGCAAUGCAGGCAAGUAUCCCCUAUUUAGCCCAAGAAGUGGAAAGUCAUGUGUUGGAAGUGGUGGAAACGAUGAUGGCGAGUAAGAUGGACGAGUUGAAGGGAAUGAUCGGAGAAAUGCAAGGAAGGAAAGGAACUCGCAAAUGCACUUACAAAGAAUUUAUGGCGUGCAACCCUUUACCUUUUAAAGGAGAAAUUGAUCCUAUAGCAUGUCAAAGGUGGAUCGCAAGUACUGAGGCAGUGUUCGUGAGGAGUCAUUGUGAAAAAGAGGAUCAAGUGAUGUUUGCCACCGGGUUGUUACAAUACCAAGCUAAAGACUGGUGGGAUGCUUAUAGUAAAGAGAUUGGGGAAGACAAAGUUCAAGACUUGACGUGGCAGGAGUUCAAGGAACCAUUUCUAAAAUACCAUUGCCCGCAAUCUGCCAUUGACAGAAUCCAAGAAGAUUUCCUACAUCUUCGACAGAAAGACGAAACCAUUGAUGAAAUCACCAACACUUUUCUCGACAAACUGAAGUUCUGUAAAGACAUAGCGGGAACGGAAAGAAUGAAGAUAAACCGCUAUCAUGAUAGGGAUAUCGAAUUAAGAAGACAGGCAGAAAGAGGCGAGAAGAGAGUGUCUGAGAAUGUUUCCAGCUCGAGCCCAUCAAAGAAACCGAAAUUUCAAGAUCAGAGCAAGAAGGAUAAGGCGAAGGGUAGCAUUCCGAAAUGCAAAACGUGCGGAAAGUUGCACACGGGGGAGUGUUUGAAAGGGAAGAAGGGCUGUUACAAUUGUGGUCAAGAGGGACAUCCAUACUAUAGGUGUCCUAAUCCUUCCAGAACGUGCUACAACUGUUUCCAACCGGGUCAUAUUAAGGCUGAGUGUCCCAAGCUUCAACAGAAAACCGAUAAGGAAGCAAGAAAGGAGGAAGCCCCAAGAGCUAAGGGGAGGAUGUUUCAGAUCAUGACUGAAGAGGCACAGGACCUCCCGAAUGUUGUAUCAGGUAUAUUCUCAUUGAACUUGAUGCCUACAUACGUGUUAUUUGAUACUGGAGCCAGUAGAUCGUUUAUAUCAAGCGAAUAA